AUGGUAAAAAUAAAUGAAGAUUUGCAAAGAGAGCGGGACAAAUGCUCUUUUAAUAUUACCGAGUUGACUACAUUAAUCGAUGGAGGUCCAGAUAAAACUGAGGCGAGGAAAGAAAGAGAAAAUAUUUUAAUAAGUAGAAAUGACGACCUCAGUGCUAUACCUGAAGAGUACUUAAGUCACAAAGAAAAAUAUGAAAAUGCGGUAAAGAAUUCGGUCAUUCUAUUUGGAUUGGUACGAAAAAUGCAGGAAGAUGGUAAAACAUCCGUUUCUAAUUACAGAGACGUAGUGUCCGCCCUACUCGGGUCCUCCACUACUCGAGAUGGGUCGCCCCUCGGUCUUCACUAUAUUAUGUUUAUGCCAGCUAUACUGAACCAAGGAAGCGAGGAGCAGCAAGCUCAAUGGCUACCUCGAGCGUGGGUAUCGAACAUCAUUGGUAGCUAUGCUCAAACUGAGUUGGGACACGGCACAUUCAUUCGUGGAUUAGAGACGACGGCGACCUAUGACCCCUAUACUCAGGAGUUCGUAUUGAAUACACCAACCCUUACUUCGUACAAGUGGUGGCCUGGAGGACUUGGUCAUACAGUAAACUACUGCAUUGUAGUAGCGCAACUAUACACCAAGGGUCAAUGUCACGGCAUACACUCCUUUAUAGUCCAAGUAAGAGAUGAAGAGACGCACGAGCCAUUACCGGGGAUAAAGGUUGGAGACAUCGGCGCAAAACUCGGUCUGAACGCCGUGAACAAUGGUUUUCUUGGACUGGACAAUGUGAGGAUACCGAGAACCCAAAUGCUCAUGAAGCACGCUCAAGUAUUAGAAAACGGGACCUACGUCAAAUCUAAGAACAGCAAACUGAAUUAUGGCGCUAUGGUGUUCGUUAGGGUUGUUAUAGUGUUCGACAUGGUCAACUAUCUGUCAAAGGCGGCGACCAUUGCUGUUCGAUAUUCAGCUGUUAGGAGACAAUGUCAUAUGAAGGAAGGAGAGCCUGAAACCCAAAUUCUGGACUACAUGACACAGCGGCAUAAACUGUUUAUCGCAAUAGCGGCGACACAUGCUCUACGAAUCACAGCUUAUCAGUUAUGGGACACCUUCAAUGCUGUCACUGAAGAGUUGGGUGGUGGUAAUCUGGAUAGAUUACCAGAGCUCCAUGCUCUAGCCUGUUGUCUUAAAGCCGUGAGUACUGCAGAUACUGCAAGCUAUGUGGAGCGGUGUAGACUAGCGUGUGGGGGACAUGGUUACAUGCAUUCAUCAAAUCUUCCAUUGACGUACGGUUUGGUUACCGCCGCCUGUACUUAUGAGGGAGAAAAUACUGUCUUGUUGUUACAGACAGCUAGAUUUCUUGUGAAGACCUGGCAAAAUGUAGACACGAUAAAAUUAACGCCGACCGUGGUAUAUUUGAAGACUACCAGGGAAGCAGGAUUUAGUGGAAAAUGGGAAAACUCCGUUGAGUGCAUCAUUAAAGGAUUUCAAAUAGUUGCUAUGAAGAAAAUUUCAUUAAGCGUCAGUCACAUGCAAAAACGGAUAUCGUCUGGAAUGUCGAUAGAAGAUGCGUGGAACAUAACAUCGGUUCAGCUCGUCGGUGCCGCUGAGGCUCACUGUCGAGUUAUAAUUCUUCAAACAUUUUAUGACGGAAUCAAUAAGGUCUCAAAUACGUUAUCACCAGCCCUACGAGAGGUUUUACAGCAGUUGGUCGAACUGUAUUCAGUGUACUGGGCUAUACAGAAAAUUGGAGAUUUGUUGCAGUGUGUGUCCAUAUCUGAGAGUGACCUGGAAAGCUUGCAUAGCUGGUACGAAAAUAUUCUUGUGCAACUUCGGCCGAACGCUGUCGGGCUUGUCGAUGCCUUUGACAUAAGGGACGAUAUGUUGCAAUCGACUCUAGGAGCAUACGAUGGACGUGUUUACGAAAGACUAAUGGAAGAAGCCCUCAAAUCACCCCUCAAUGCAGAACCCGUUAACCACACUUUCCACAAAUAUCUCAAACCCUUUAUGCAGGGAAAGUUAUGA